GAAUACACCGGAACGGCUACACACGUUUUCGUUUUAUUGUAUCCUUCCGUUGUGAAGUGAUGAAAUAGUUUUUUUAAUCGCUAAGCUAAGGCCUAUUUAUAAACAUUUCUAGGAAUAUUUACAAAAAGGACGCAUUUCAAAAUGAAGCUUUACUCGGAUCGAGGCAAUUUUCAGACUUUGAAAAUAUCUAUAGCUACCAGGCUUACUGGAACAGCAUCGGAAAUUCUUGCAAUAGAAGUGAAGCACGGCGGUAAUUAGCGAAACUUACACUUAACAUCUGUUAUUUAUUUUCAUACCCAAGCUAUUUAUCAUUUAAUACUUUAUCUAGACUAUAGGCAAAGGCCAUACUAUGCCAUAGCGAUAGGCUUAGUUGCCUAUGGCAGCUAUGCUUUUUUGAGGCUCUGGUCCUAGUGACGUUGUUUAUGGAUGGCCUCAUGCCAUAAUUAUAUAAUUUUUAAUUCUGAUCUAAGACUGACUAAGUUUAUUAGUACAGUAUUAUUAACGAGAACACUCCACUAUUAUUUACUAUUUAUAAACGAAGUGUCUACAUGUCCGGCGACCGGACGAAUAAUUCUCGAGAUAUUUGUCCGGCGACCAGGUCACUUGACCGCCGUAACAAAUUUGGACGAGAUAUCUGUCCGCCAGUCUUGUCAUGUGACCCCUAAUAGUUGGUCAUAAAAUGGCAUCGGAGAUGGAUGGGGGCAUGACCCACUACAGUAGGUCGUAAUGGGGGGCAACGAGUAUAGACUUAAUUUUAAGAAAUAAAUUAAGGCUAAGGGGUGGGGGGAGUAAUGCAUACGAGAAGGAAGAAAUACUGAGAAAGAAAGGAUAAAAAUGAUCAUUGAUAGUGAGGGUGAUAAAUAAUUAAGGCGGGGAUGUGGAAAGCUCACAAAGAAAUAGACACUAUACUAUAUCUUAACUGAUUACCUACCUGUUUGAAAAACCAACAGUGGCCGAAUUAAAUCUAAGUCACAUUUUCUCAUUUUAGGUGUAUGUACAAAUUCAGAUGCAGUUUUCUUAGUUAUAAACAUAUUCUAAUGAUUAAUAAACCAUUUUUGUAGGUAAUUGAAUUGUCUAUAAUGAUAAGAAAAACUUAAAACAUUUGAAAAGUUAAGUUUUGUUGUGAAAUUAUUAAUUGUUAAAUUAGUAUUUACUAAAUAAUUUACAACAGAAAAACAAUACAAAAAAUAUAUAAAUGUCCCAACUGACGUAAAAAUUUAAAUUUCCAAUAAUUUAAAGCCUUUUAUUUGGUGGUUUCCAAAUAGUAUAUCCAAUAAUAAGAAAAAUGCACCAAAGAACACAGAAAUUGAAUAAUAUUUAAACUUCCAAUCACUUAUAUGCCUUUAGUAACCCUGUCACUUGUUGCCAGGGUAAACAAGUAGUACAAUUCUGUAACUAGCUUGGAAAUGAAAUCAAAAUUAAUUAACAACUUGUUUUUUAAAACAUUCUGCCAAUAUCAUGCUGUUCGAAUAUAAACAUCCUGUCGGUAAACUAAAAUCUCUAAGCAAAACAGGGAGAAAAAUAAUAUAAAUAUUUGACUAGAUUUACUACGAUACAAAUAUUGGUGCUACCAGAGGCUCGUGGCCAUAAUGAAAGAAACGCCAAGCCGCUCUCAUCUGCUUAUGGUAGUUAACCAGUUAAUAUAGGGCCAAUGUAUUGUGCUGUUGGGGUUGCCUACUUAUCACGCAAUAUUAAUAGCUUAAGAUAAAACUUUUUUUGACAGUAGAUCUAUUGACAAGUCAACUGUCAAGUAUUGGUCAUAUUUUCUUUGGUUCAUAUUUUAAAUUUAGGCUAUUAGGUAGAGCUUUAUAAGAUAUUUAAACUGAGAUAACAGACUUUUAAAAAUUUUUAAUUUUGCCGGUGACCUCUUGUCACAUGACAUGCAGCUCCGACGUAGUACCCCCAUAGCCAUUAUGCAAGUGACAGUGAAUGGCUGCCCAUGACAACAUUUUGCACAUGGCAAAUUAUGAUCAUUUAUAAUAUGGACUCAACCGGGUUUUUAAACCUCGAAUUAAAACAUAUUUAUUUAAAUGUCUUCUAGGUUCAUUCUAAAACACAAGUCGUGUAUUUUACGGAAUAAAUAAUUAUGUUUAAUUAUGAAAAACUUGUUUAUUUGUUGUUUGUUAUUUCUUCCUAUGGAGUUCAAAUGCCGGCAUUUGCACAUGGGGAUCAAGAUAACCGAGGCUAAGUUGCAAAUUCGGCUGCCUUUUGUGCUCGAGAUAUCAGGGUUUGGAGACAUAAAAGAAUCGAUAUAACCAAGGAGAAAAUGCUAAGACAAAGAGAGAAUUUGGCGGUUCUACUGCAAAAACGUCGACAUGACAGGGUUGGCAAUUUAACCGAGGUCCAGUUAAGCGCGUUCGACUGUAUAUAUGUAAUAAUAUAAGAAAUUGUUCAAAAUGCAGUUAGUGACAGGGCCCGCAGUGUCUUUCAUGGUAUAUGGGUCAUGGAUGUUUGCAGUUCAGCUACCAGCCAUAGUGCCUGCCUCUUUCAAAAGGUUUUGAAUUUUAACUCUGUAUUUAUUUGAUACAAGUUUUUUUUCUUCUCAUUUUUAUUAUUUUUCUUGAAGGUUGAGGGGGUGGGGUGAUAUGAAUGAUAGAAAUGUGAUGACAUGAUGUAAAAAUAAAUGAAUAGCAUUCAGGUACUUGUUUUUUUGAACCAAUCAAACAACAGCACUUUUAAAAAUGUGUGCAUCUUUUCUUUGAUGUUUAUCUUGUGAUACAGACAAGGAUGAGCUUCUUUUUUAAAAUUAAUUUUGAAACUUUUAAGUUGAAUUUUGAUUAAAAAAUGUUAACGUAAAUUAAAUGCAUAGAUAGAUUUAGUUUAUGACGUAAAUAAUGCUCAAUAAAGAAUGGGAAAAUUAUACACAUCGCUCAGGAUCAACUAUUGGUCUCUGCACUCUAAGUCUAAUGUUGGGAUUCCCCAAAGUGAUGUCCUUGCGCUUAGGGUAAGACAACGCUUGGCAAGGCCCAUGCCACUAACUACACUUUUACCAAAAAAAAACUAAUGUCACAAAAGAAUAUGAUCUUUAACCCCCUAGUCCCCUCACCCAGUCAAAAACGUUCAACAUCACACUUUUUGAGACUUUAUUCCCCCUCUGAAGAGUGACAUCCUUGAUGAACAAACCCUGGCUUAGCAUGUCGUUAACCAUAAUGAAAAUAAGCGAUAGGAGUUAAAGACACUUAUAUAUUUAUUAGAUAAAGUUUUAAUCUUAUGUUAAUAGGAUGUUGUUUGUGAAAAGGUGAAAAAAGUAGGUAUCAGUAUAAUUACACUAAAAAAUUGAGCUCUGUGAAUCACAAUAUAUACCCAGGGCACAUUGCAUCCUGUCAAGUCAAUUCAUAUAAAGUAAUAAAAAAAGAAUUAACUCCCAGAGGCUACACCACUUCUUGUCCUAGCAUUCCUUUUGGUGAAAUGACUCUACACCAGUGUCAGUACAGGUGGCCAAACUAGAUGGCUUCACUGGCCAUUUUGAUAGUGAUUCAAGUCAUCAAGUCAUUUAACUUAUCAUAUGAAAUAAAGACCAAAUAAAUGCUGUAUGUACAUAAUUAUUUAUUUAUCCUUUAAAUGCAGAUUUCUCAAGAUCAUAACUUUUUUCCUAUGAGCCACUCACACACAUGAAUAAAUUUAAUAGAUGUUACUUUAAAAAAAAAAAAUAUUAAUUUGAAAUGUACGUUUAUAACAAGAAUGAAAAGAAGUUCAAUGUAAAUUUUAAAAAUAAAAAUUUCACAAGGAUAAAUUCGGCUGGCCUCAGGUUGGCCAUCUGGGGGUUUCAAAAAAAUUAUGAUAAAUGGAACUCCAAGCCUCACUGACUAAAACAAUGCUUUACCCCGCAAUUAAAAAGUUGAUUCCUUUAAAAAAAAAAAGAAACUGGUUGCACUUUGAUUGUACAAAUUCUCACUUGGUCAUAAUUCAUAUCAAUUUGUUUUCUUUCAGAGAGUAUAGUUCCAUACCUAAGUAGAUCAAAACUACCAGUACUAGAAGUUACAGAAGGCAAAUAUUUAUUUUCUGCCAAUACUGCUGCAAAGUAAGUUUUCAAUACACUUCAAAUUAGUUGUUUUGUUCCUAUUAUGCUUCCUUUAUUGUUUUUUAUUUGUUCCAUUGUAGCCAUCCGAAUGAGACUUUCUCUUUUAUUAUCUACCAAAAAUACCAGACUACACAAUCACUUGUACACGGAAUAGCUGCAGAGAGGGUGCACAUUUUUCACCAUGACCUCAAGCUGAAAGGGCACACGUGUCUAGGCUGCUGCUAGAUCAGUUUGAUGAUGGUGUACCACAGUACAGUUAAUAAUAUGACAUAGUCUAAAGUUCAAUUCAUUACUUAUUACAUUAAAAUAGGCCUACAUCAAGGACCAUAGGUACUAAAACUAUGAAUUGAUGAAUUUAUAUUAAUUUCCCCUCAUGAAUACAUGCUUCUUGUAGCAGAACUAGUAUAAUAUUAAUACAAUCAGUGGCUAGCAACACAAAUAAGUCUUACUUGCCUCCAUUUAGUGCUUUGUUUUAAUGGAGCUACUCUCUAAAUAUUUGAAAUGUGUAAUUUAUUUGUAUAAAAGGAUUUUCUAUUGAUCUCUUCCUUGGCUCUAAGUAGCAAUUCUAACAGCCCUGAAAUGAAUAUACUAGCUGAUCACAUAUGAAAUAUACCUGCACCAAAAUCAUACAGAUUCUAUAAAAAAAAUUUGUGUGGACUUAUCACUUUCAUUUUGUUUCAAGGUACUUGUUUCUGAAAGCAAACCAAGUGAACGAUGAGAGUGCUGAAGAUGAGAUUUUGGACUGGGAGUUUACAGAAUUGUUGGUUAGUGUCUCCUUUUAUCAUUUAUUGUUUGAAUAAUCCCGGCUGAGGAGUCAGGGGUUUGUUUUUCAACCUGACCCUUUACUGCUGGUGUACUAUUCUGAUUACUUGCAAGGGUUCUGAAAUUAAUGUGUUAUCACUGAAUGUCACUAUAUCUAGUUUUCUGGAAAUUGAAAACAUACAUUUAUUUAAGAGUUUUGGAAAUUUGUGUGACUGUAAACAAGGAGGAAGAUCCCAAAACUCCUCAGACCUAGUUAAAAUAUGGUAAAAAAGGGAAAGGACCUUAAAAACUAGUGUUCAAACUACAUAGGGCUAGUUUCAUGUCAAAAACCUUUCCCCCCCCCCCCCCACCUUUAUCACAGGUGGUUUGAUCAUAUGUGGGUAAAGGUUCCAACCUCUAAGAGGGCCUCAUAUAAUCUUUUUAACUAUUAGAGUCUCAUUAUAAUUACUCACAUUUUUAUUUACCAACCUUAUGUUAUUUAUGUUAAAUUCUAUCUUCAACUUCCCAAGGCUUUACCCUUUACCUAGUGCCACACCUUAACUGUAAUUUACUUAAACUUAUUAAACUGAUCUCUUCCUCUUCAGCCUGUGGUCGCUGCUUACUUGGUGAGUGCUAUUGGCCACGGAAAGAAAGACCCUGCUCUGACUUCCCCACUAACUAAGUUACUGCAGCAGUUGGAUGCCAAACUGACCAAAAACAAGUAUCUGCUUGGGGUAACUAGAAAAGUUUUGGUUGUUGCACAAUGCUAUAUAUCAUGAAUUAUUAUAGCUGUUUUAACAUAGCAAGUAGAGGAUUUUUUGCCUCAGUUUAAUCUUAGCUCUAUGUGGCUAAAAGUUUAAAAUUUCUUUUCAAAUAAAAAAUAAACAUGUCAAUUAUUUUACAACCUCAUUGUCAAUUUAUAAAAUAUGUUUCCAGAAGUGUUGGACUAGAGCAUUUGUACAAUUAAUUACAUUUUAUUUUAUCUGUCUAUUAUUUUAUUUCAGGAUGUGCUAGGUGUAAGUGAUGUCUGUGUAUUCAGCACAAUUUUCCCUCUUUUAGGUCUGAAAAAUGUUGGUGAGUUUGCAGUUGAAUCUUCAUUUCAGCAUAUUCUAUACAAAAAUAUUAAAAAUUGUUACAUAUGCAGCUCUAUGUCUCUUUAGCAGAUGGAUUUCUUUUGUCAAGAUUGGCUUCCACUAAAUUCUAAUGUAGGAAAAUAUGUAUAAAUUGAAAGUGCAUCAAUGAAUGAUUUCUGAUGGUUUAAAGAUAAGAAGGCUGGGCCAUUUAAAAUGACCCUCAUAUACCAUAAAGACCCAGGCAGGACAAUAACUUUAACCACACAUUUUAAAUCUUUGCUCACUUGAAUGUCUUCAAACAACACAUGUGUUUACAGAAGUGAUUGGCAAGCUGCCCAGCUUGCAAAAAUGGUGUGAGAAUCUCAAGGCUAAUCCAGCAGUUCAAGAGGCAGUGAACGAAAUUACAGGAGGUGGUGGUCAUGAGGUUUAUAAGGUGAAAAUAAAUGAAAUAAGAACUUUGCUGGGUGUCACUUGAGAUGUGUUAAAAGGCUGAAUCAACUUAGAGAAAGAUACAAUGUACCUUGGUUAUUAUACACUACUACAUGCACAUCUUGUUCUAGAGGGAUCCAUAAUAUUUUAAUACUAUUGCCUCUGUAUCAGAUCAUUUAAAAAAGUACAUAUUUUGCCAUUUUACAAACCUGAGUUAAUUAUUUGGGUUAUGCACUAGCAUAUAUGUCCAAACAUAUCUAGAACCACUUUAAAAUACUCUCCCAUAAUCUUCAUCUUUGUCAGCCAUCCCUGCUUGCUCAGAGUUUCCCUCCUGUUGUUGUCCCUGGUGUCCAAGCCAAGACAAAUUCUGCCCCCACACAAGCCACAUCAACUCCACAAGGGUCUGUGUCUUCAGAUGAUCAGGUAUAAAACAAGCUCAUGUCUUAGUUCUCUUUUCUUAUGGUUAUACUUACGUUUUAUUUGAUCUUUAGUGCCAAAAUAAUGUUUAUUUGUAUGUAAGUUAAGUUAGUGAACUAGAGCUCCUAAAAUGCAUUAUUAGUACUUGUACUUUUUAUCAUUGAACUUUCACACAACUUGGCUGCAGAAUUAGCAAGGUGUCACUGGAUUUUCAUUAGUUAAAGGAAAUUAGAGCAAUUUUCAAUGAUAGAAAUGAUGAUUUUAAAAUAAUGAUCCACUAGAUUUAUUGAUAAGUGAUAUUCAUACAUAACUUUCAUAUCUCCAGAUCCCAACAACAAAUUUUUCCCAGGAAGACUUAGAUGCAGCACUCAAAGCUUGGAAGAGAGAUCCUAAAGAAUGCCCCCAACCACGCAUCAGACAGCAUCCAAUGUAAGUUCACUAUUAGCUGCUUCUUUGUGUCUAUGGAUUUGGAAGGAGAAAAAUAAAGGAGGUGGUCACAAUUUUAAGAAAAAAAAAGUGAAGCUAAUUUAAGUGUACCGAUUUUAAAUAAUUUCUCUUGUGAGUUAAUUUUGCUAACAUAAAUAUAUUUGAGAAAUGUAAUGCUAAUUUAGAAUAUACAAAAGUUAGUUAAAUAUCAAAUAAUCCUCUUAACAAGAGAACAUUUUUUAAUUCAAUUUAGCUGUAAGUACGACAUACUAGACUAUAUAUAUAUAGACUAUAUAAAUAAUAAGAUCACAUGACCACAUCAGACACUGAGUUACAUACAUUGCAUCUCACUGUGUCCAGACAUUUGCAUCUCACUGUGUCUAGACAUUUGCAUCUCACUGUGUCUAGACAUUUGUAUCUCACUUUGUCUACAUUUUUAUCUCAAUGUGUCUAGACAAUUGCAUCUCACUGUGUCUAGACAUUUGCACCUCACUGUAUCUAGAUAUUUGUAUCUCACUGUGUCUAGACAUUUGUAUCUCACUGUCUAGACAUUUGUAUCUCACUGUGUCUUAAAGUGUAACAAAAAACAACUCUUUCUGCAGCUUACCUGAGGCGAAUUCCAGGAACAUUCUAAUUACCAGUGCCCUCCCAUAUGUCAACAAUGUCCCUCACCUUGGUAACAUCAUAGGCUGUGUGCUGAGUGCCGACGUCUUCUCCAGGUAAACCUACUCUGUUUUGUUAAUUAGGCUUUUAAUUUCAUUUACUAAAUAGCAAUCUAAUUCUGGGUCAGCUCAUUAGCUAUGCAAUUAGGACAGUGAGUGCUCAAAAUUAGUUUUUAGCUUAUUUGCAUUUUUUUAAUGCAUCAGGAUGUUAUAAAAUAUACUGUUUGGAACAAACUUAAAGUACAUAUUUGUCAAAUCCACUGUUGUUUAACUUAAAUAGAAAUAGUUCUGCAUCUGUGUAUUGAGUGAAUUAUGAGCUUAAGAAGUUUAUUUAUCAGCCCAAGUUUGCUGACCAUGUUUAAUGUGUUUUUUAAAAAACCAAGUGUUAACAUGAUUUAUGAAUAACAUCAUUUGUGCAUUCCCGUCACAGGUUCGCCAGGCUGCGAAACUACAAUGUGCUGUACCUGUGUGGUACAGAUGAAUAUGGUACAGCCACCGAGACCAAGGCCAUGGAGGAGGGGGUGACCCCCAGAGAAAUUUGUGACAAGUACAACAAGCUGCACACACAGAUCUACAAGUGGUUUAACAUUGACUUUGAUUACUUUGGCAGGACAACAACAGAUCAGCAGACAGAGUGAGUUUGACAUGAUAUUGUGGCAGUUGCUAAGAAAAUAAUAAAAAAUAAUAAUUUUUGGUCAGUUACAGUAACAACUCUUAAACAUUAUUUUAAACAUUAAAUUCUGUACUUUGUUAGUUAUUUAAAAAUGAUAAAAUCCAUUGUUAGCUUAUGGGCGGUAGCUUAAGGCAGUGCUUCCCAAAAUUUUAAGUUUCACAGACUGGUGGACAAGUUUCGAAACUACACCAGGGACCGGUGCUAGGUUUAUAAAUUACAUUUUCUUUCUAUUUAAACAUCAAUAUUCAUGCUCUAGGUAACGUGAGGCUUGCGGCCCUGUUCCGGUCAACGGACCACGGUUUGGGGAACACUGCCUUAAGGGGCGCUGGGCCUGAUUUUGUCAGAGGACUUUAGUCUGACAACGCCUGGUCUAUCUUAUGUCUGCAUUUACACUUUACACUCACAGUCCAGCCAACAUUUCAAUGGAGAAUUCUAUUUUUAGACUAUGUCCAAUUCAUGACAAAUCAUUUUAAAAUAAUUUUUGUUUGACUUGUUUUCUCUCUUUCUCUAUAGAAUUGCACAGGACAUUUUCUGGAAGUUGUACAAUGGAGGUUAUAUAUUAAAAGACAGUGUAGACCAACUCAAGUGCAUUAACUGUGAUAGGUGAGUUGGGCUAAAAAAAUACAAUGGAUGGUGCUUCCAUGUUUUGCCUUGAAUAAAAAUCUUCAGCCUUCUUGUUUGCAAAAGUAGUUUUGAAAAAUCUUUUGUAGUGUGCCUGUUGUUAAUGUUCAUGUAAAUUCUUUUGAAGACACCAAGAAAGAUAAAACAUUUAAGCAGGAUUUCAAUUAGUAAACUGUUACUUGUCCCAUCAAAGCUUAAACUCACUGAACAUGUAUUUUAUCAUAAAAUCGUCAGAUUCCUCGCAGACAGAUUUGUUGAAGGCACAUGUCCGUUGUGUGGGUUUGACGAUGCCAGAGGUGACCAGUGCGACGGCUGUGGUAAGCUCAUCAAUGCAGUGGAGCUCAAGGAUCCAAAGUGCAAGAUGUGCAAGAAAUCACCGGUGGUCCAAACCUCUAAUCACUUAUUUGUCGAUUUACCGAAGGUACUUGGAAAAAAUAACAACAACGCAGCUGUUCUUUUAUCCUCUCUUAUUCCCAAGAUGUAUCCUGGCAUCUGUAAUUAUUUGGUGAUACAGCCAUUUUUACUUAGUGUUGUCAAUGCUCAAAGAUGACCCAACAUGUCCUGCUUCACCACACCAUUAUUGAUCUGGUCAGUGUCAGAUUUACCAGGAGAUUUUUACAAUUGUUUUCUUCCUCCCCAAGAACUUUGUCUUCAUGGGGCUGAUAAAUCCAUUCUAUCCAACUGUUCAGCCAUAGAAAGGGAUGACUUUAGACAAGGCAAAAACCAUCAUCUCUUGUUUGAGAUGCAGACAAUGCUACCACACACAACAGAAAUAUUGUUUAUUUUCAGCAGAAAUAAAGAACUUAAGCAUUUUUUUAAUCAUUAAUUUUUCUUCCUCCUCUCUUAAAGCUUGAGCCUUUACUGAAAACUCACCUGAACCAAGUAUUUGAAACAGGGACUUGGACAAACAAUGCCAAGGUCAUCACCAACUCUUGGAUACGUGACGGCCUCAAACCCCGAUGCAUCAGCCGAGACCUCAAGUGGGGGACGCCGGUGCCGCUGGAAGGCUACACCGACAAGGUGUUCUAUGUGUGGUUUGAUGCUCCCAUAGGAUACAUCAGCAUUGCCGCCAACUACACUAAAGAUUGGCAGAAAUGGUGGAAAAACCCUGAAAACGUAAGUUCCUCAAGAGUUAUUGAUUAUUUAACAUAAGAUUUACUGUUCAAAUAUUUCUGCUGUGAAGUAUCUCAAUGUAACACAUUAAUUAAUAUGAAGGUUGAAGAGCAGUUAAGUGGGUUAACAAGGUUUAAAGUUGAAUAUUCUUUAAAAUAAGAAAAAAAGUUAUUACAAGUAUUUUAUGUAGGUCUUGAUGAGAUAAUCUUGGGGUGCACUAACAUAUUUACCAUAUUUUACGGACAAUACAGACCUGCCAACCCUUCCCAUUUGGUCGGAAUUAUACAGAUUUUUAUUACCCCUCAUUCUGACCUUCAGACAAACCCCUUAAAAUUCCGAUUUUUGAACUUUAUAAUUUUUCACCCUUCAUAAAAAUCUGAAAGUGACCAAAAAAAAAAUCUUGUACGACAGGAAGUGUUGCAUUUGUUUUUACAAAGUGCAUACAAGUCCGGCAACCGGACGAAUAAGUGAAUAAAUUCUCCAGAUAUUUGCCCGUCUAGUAUUUAUUUGACCAAGUCACAUGACCACGCGAGAUAUUUGUCCGUCAGCCUUGUCAUGUGACCGCUAAUAGUCUAUCAGAGUUUACGGUACUUUAUUUCAACUAAUUCAAGAUAGUCUGGCCAUUUACAUGAAAAAGAAAUAUGUUCAAUUAUAAAAAAAGAAAUAUGAACCUUUGCUGGUAUAGAUAGUGAACAAUUGGUUACAAAGUAACAAUGUUUUUUAUAAAGUGUGGCAUGCCCGCCAGAUAAAUAUCUCCGGCACUAUUUGUCGGGUCGCCUGAUGUGUAGACACUGCCUUGUUUGUAUCGAAGCGAACAGCGAUCGUCAAAUCAUUCUUAAAUCAUCAAUUGAUUUGAUCGCGAUUCAUCCUUUUUACAAGGCUAAAAAAUAGUACAGACUUUUUUUUUUCUUUCUUUUUUUUUGUUAAAGCUUUUCUUAAUUAAAUCAUUAAAUCUAUUGAUAGUGAUGGUUACAAUGAUAUUACUAACCAUUGAAGGAAAUAUUUCUCUAGCCAACUCCGAUUGUUUUAAUGCCAGAGUCAAAGAAAUGUUUCCAGACUUGCAGACUGCUAGAAGAUUCUAAAGAAAAAUUUACAAUGAAACAAGGGCAAGCAUGAAGGUUGAUACUCUUUCUAACUUGCUUGGAACUAAAAUCAAUGGCAAUGCGAACCCUUAGUUGUUUAAAGAGCUGUUGGACAAGUGCAAAAAGGCCACUUGGGAUAUGCUGGAAGACUGAACUCUAAGAGUCUUCACAGCCUGUGUUUGUGUACAUAUGUAAAUAAAUGGAUCUUCUGUUCUGUACUGUAUAUAUCUGUAUAUAAACAUUUCCAGUUAUGUUUACCUCAUGUUCUGUGGUGUUCUAAGGACCCUUCAAAGACAAUGGCUGUAACUUUAUAUUUCUCUAUUUACUAAAAAAGGCUUGUGCAUUAAUAUAUCGAUCUUUAACCAACCCCCCACGGGGCGCCUCCCAUGGAGGGGCAGUGGCCCCCACUCCCCCCCUGAGUGCAACCCCCGUACAGAUUUUUUUUCUUGGCAGGUCUGCAAUAAGACACACUUUUCUAACUGAAAAAUUGCCUCCAAAAUUCAGGUGCAUCUUAUACUUGAAAUUAAUAUAAUUUAUAUAUAUAUAUGUAUGUUAUUUUAAAAAAAAAUUGCUUAAAAAUUAAGGUGCGUCUUAUAGUCAGUAAAAUACGGUAUUUACAGUAUGAUACUGUCUACCAAGUUUGGAGUGCUACUAUUAACUGCUGUAUUUGUUUCAAGAGUGGCAUAGUUCCAGUUUUUUAAAAAAUAAACUUUUUUCUUUGUAUCUUGUCCAGGUUGAGAUGUACAAUUUCCUAGGUAAAGACAAUGUACCAUUCCACAGUGUCAUCUUUCCUGCCUGUCUGCUUGGAGCCAAAGAUGGCUAUACAGUAGUAAAUCACAUGGUUGCCACAGGUAAAACCAGUGUUUGUCUCCUGGGUUACUUUAACCAUGCUCUGGACACAAGUUAAAACUGUCAUUGUGACUGUGACGGCAGCCCUGUUAGAGACUAUUUGUUUUUAAAACUUAUGAUCUGUUUACCUCCUGAUGGAAAAAUCAUAUUUUUUAUCUGGGCUUAACACACGAGAGAGAGAUUAUCGCAUCGUUUAUGUCUGCAAAGAUUAUAUUUAAAAACAUUGUUGUAGCUUAAAUAAUAUUUUCUUCUCCAGAAUAUCUGAACUAUGAAGACACAAAGUUUUCCAAGAGUCGUAACAGUGGUGUGUUUGGCGACCAGGCUCAAACCACUGGCAUUGAAUCUGAUGUGUACAGAUUUUAUCUGCUGUACCUGAGGCCAGAAUCCCAGGUCAGUUCAUUUAUUUUCAAUGCGCACCAUGUUUUAAGUAAGUUAACCAUUUUUUCCCUGCAACUGCAAGGUUUGCUACUGUUUCAAAAUAAUGACAAGACCCCAAGUAAAUAUACAUUAAAUGAGACUCUACUUUUCUCAGUUAAAUUUCUCUCGACCUAGUCUAGCCUGUCUGAGUCUACUUUGAAAUAAAAUCCUUAAGUAUACUGUUGUUAACAUCAUCAUUUUAAAAAAAAUAUUUAAAAAAACUUUUCUCCAGGACACAGCCUUCAGCUGGGAUGACUUCUUACUGAAAAACAACAGUGAGUUGUUGAACAACCUGGGAAACUUUAUCAACAGGUCUGUUGCACUUGUGAUCAAUCCAUAGACACUGCUGUUGUGGAUAAACAAGAUAGGGUCUAUGCAUCCUAUAUCUCACAUUUAAAAAAGAGUUUUAAAAUCGGUUGUUACAUUUUAAGAAGUAGUGGAACAAGUUAUGUGGCAGCGAGAAAUUUAAAGACAGGACCACAAGAGAAGAACCUUUCCUCAUUCGCCCUGUCCGCUGAGGAAGGCCGUAGCCGAAACGUUCUUCUCUUACCCUCCUGUCUUUACAUUUCAAGCUUCCACACACCUUGUUCCGCUAUUUCCUUCACACAGCUUGAACGCAGUCCUUCAUUUAUUAUCUGUUAAAUUUUAUUAUUUUAAUAAGGACUUGUUUCAUGUUGCUUAUAUUCAAUUUCUGCCCUCUGUAUAUCACUAGGAAUUCUGCCUUUUGGUAAUUAAAAAUAACAUGUUUUAAUUUAGAUUUCUACAUCCCCUUCUUAUAAGCUAAAUAAUAAUAACUAAUAUGUUCCCAUUAUGUACAUAAGAAACCAUUUCUGUCCUCAGAGCACUUUUUUCCUGUUCCUUCAACCACUUAUUUUAAAAAAUAUUGUUAUUUUGUCAGGGCUCUGAUGUUCCUUAGCAACAAUUUUGGCGGUGUGGUCCAAGAAAUGUCAGAAACUGAAGAGGACAUUCAGUUGUUGGCACAAAUCAACAGUCAGCUGAAGGGCUACGUCAACAACCUUGAGGCUUGCAGGUAUGGCUAGCGCACCAUUAUGAUACAUUCUUUUAUGGCAUGGAAUAAGUUAUUGACUCAGUAAAUAAGGAAAUGUUGUUAGCAUUUUAACAUGCCAGCUUUUAUUCAUCAGUACACCUGAGUAUGAGUAUCAUUAACAAGUAUUGUUUCAUAUUUUAAGUUUUUGUAUCUGUAACCUCCUGCUAAUGCAAGCCAAUAUCUCUAGAUUGAGGGAUGGCAUCAGAAAUAUUUUGACAAUCUCCCGACUUGGAAAUCAAUACAUGCAGAAUAACAAGCCCUGGGUGCUAGCUAAAGGAACAGAAGAAGAAAAGUAAGUUGUCUAAUUAAGUACGGGUUCUCAAACUAUCCUGAAAAAAAAAAGCCUUACCUUGAUACUUCAAUUGCAUGCAGGACCACUGUGCAUGAUUAAGGGACAUCCCUUAUUUGAAUGUGAACAAGACAAAUCACUAAGUGAGCCACAGGGGAAAACUUAGUCUCAAUAAAUUCAUUUAAAUUUAAGCUGCUGUUACCAAUAGAUUGAAAAUUUAGACCACUUACAAACAUUAUUUAUAUUAAGAAAAAUAGUUUCAAAAAGUUUCUCUAACCAAAAAAAAAACAUUUGCUUUUAUGCUGAAACAAAAAAAACAAAAACAACCUUUGAUAAAGAUUGCAGUGAAUUUCCUACAAUCCUUGCAGGAAGCGUGCUGGUACUGUGGUGAGUUUGUGCACCAAUGUCUCCUGUCUGCUGUCUGUUUUACUGCAGCCUUACAUGCCGUCCACCAGUGCUGUCCUCCAGGAACAGCUUCAAGCCCCGCCCUCCGUCAACUGUUUAUCUGGCGAGUUUGUUGCUUCGCUGCGUCCUGGCCACAAGAUUGGACAGGUAGGGAGACUACACAUUUUUUUUACUUACAAUCGGAUUGCCCACAUUAAUAUUUUAUUCCAGCAGUGUUCAAGCUAAGAAGAGAAGUUAGUUAAAAAACAAAGAGUUUUGAAUUCGUUAAUAUUCUGUAACCCUUUUGUUACCAAACAUUUUCAACCCUCUGCUUGGCUGGAUUUUUUGCUCUGACAUAACGAAAAGAGAGUUAGGUUUUAGUUUUCCUUUUGGGAAGAUUGCCUGUAAUUUUUAAAAAAUAUCCUAGCCAUAUUGGACCAAAAACUCAUCUUUGGAUAAAGCCUUAGAAUUUGCCGACCAGGGUCACUUCUAGCAGUGCUAGUGCAGGAAAUAUGUUUUUUUUUAAAAAGUAUUUGCAAUGAACAUAACAUGAAUUCAGUUCUCAAUAAUCAUAUCUAACCUAUCUGUCAGUGGAGGUCUUUGAGUGAUAGAUUUCUAAGCAAGCUUUUCACAAUAUAAUUAGUCUUUCGAUAGUAUAUGGAAGUCAUCAUUUGACCAUAACUUGUCACAGUUUUGGCUACAGGGCUGUUUAAAGUUAGAUUUGAUCACAACCUAGAGAGUCAAAUGAGAUUUUUAACAUUGUUUUUUCCCCCAUCAGCCAAGUCCAUUGUUCCAGAAAAUUGAGGCAACAACUAUUGCAGAACUGAAAACAAAGUUCGCUGGCAAACCAGAAGAGAAACCUGCUCCCAAGGUGAAAUAAAGUACUUCUUUUUAAAAAAUCUGUUUCAAACUUCUUUGCAAUUUUUGGGCAUUACAGUUGAGAGAUAUCAUAUUAAGCUAUGGGAUAAUGGUUCACAUUUAAAAUGAUUAAUUGGGGUAUUGAAGACAUAUUCAACUAGAAAUAAAUAAUUUACUUUGCCCAUUUAAAAAUGUUUUUUUUGUGUGUGUUCAAUUUAACAUUCUUAGACCUGUCUAAUUUUUAAUGAAUUAGUUUUACUUUCUGAAUAUUUAUGAUUGAGUUUGAAUCCUUCUCAGAAACAAGGUAACAAAUCCCCACCAGUGGUCAGCUUGACUGCUAACCCACUUGAAGUAGACAGACUGACAAAAGCUGUGGCAGAUCAGGUGAGACAGUAGGAGAUACUCACCGCAUCCCUCUUUUAAAAAUAUAAAAUACAAAUACUAAAAUGAUUCAUUGAAAUAAAUGUUUAAUUUUUCUGUUAAAAGAUUUAAAUUUAAAUCACUGCUUUAUAAUUCAAUAUGGAGUUCUUUUUUUUUUUAUAUACUCAUUUCAGCAAUAAUUCAGUAAUUUGCAUUUAUUAUAAAACCUUUUAAAACAAGUGCAGAGUUAUUAAUAAGUUGCACAACUAAUGUUUUUUCUCAGGGUAAUAAAGUCAGACAGCUCAAAACUGCCAAGGCAGACAAAUCUGAAAUUGAUCAAGAAGUGGCCACCCUUCUUCAGCUGAAGAAAGAUUUAACAACUGCUCAGGGGCAGGCUACUGAGCCUGUAGCAGCAGACAAGGGAAAUAAAGUUGGAAACGAUAAGAAGCUGGAUGCACCAGAAGGGACCAACACAAACGGUCAAGCUGGUGAUGCUGCUACUAUGAUUGAGAGGUUAACUAAAGAAGUAGCUGACCAGGUAAGGGGAUAUCUUCAAAUUGUAUUGCACCACCAUUUGGACACAGAUAUACUAUGACAGAACACAGCUCUAAGCCUUGAAAUCUAGGCACUUUUUGAAUCUAAAAUAGGAUUCAAUAAGUUGAAUGUCAAUUUCAACCCCUUAAUGCAGUCUUCAACUAUUACCUUAUCAUCAUUGGUUAAGAGAAAUUACAGGUUUUUUUAGUCUAUUACCUUUGGCUAAGAUAAAAUUAUAUCUAGUUUUAAUGUGCACUUUGUGAUACAAUAAUAUGAGAUUUAUUCUAAACUUUGAUUAAUUUUUCUAAUAGGGGGGGGGGGGNGUCAUUUAGGAUUUUGUAAGAGAUUUUAUUUUACAUUUUGUGCUACGCAAUUGUAUUUUUUUUUUUUUUUUUUUUAAAAUUUUAUUUUUUGAUUUUUUUUUUAAACUUUUUAUAAAAAUUUUUUUUUUUUUUUUUUUUUUAAUCUUGUUUUUGGACGAUGACUAUUGCAAAUAUUUUUGCUGUUCAUGAAUUUAAUUUUUUUCCUCAGGGUAAUAAAGUGAGAGAAGCUAAAAGCUCCAAAGCAGAGAAGUCCAUCAUCGACAGAGAAGUUGCACAUUUGCUGCAGCUGAAGGCAGAUUUGGAGCAAGCCCAAGGAAUAACUAAGGGAGCUGCACCACCGGCCAGUGGGAAGAAGGGGAAGAAGAAGAAAUAACUUUUGAGAAUCUUGCAAUGGAUAACUUCCCUUGAAUUGGCGUAGUGGCCAUCAGAUAUUUAUUAAAAUAUUGUGUACUGUUAUAAAUUAUGAGUGGAAUGAGGAGUUAAUCUUAAAUCUGAGAUUGGUUGGACUAGAUGCCAUGAGAACGUUCCAAAGUCUGUCAUGGUUUUGAAAAUGUAAAAAGAAAACCCCAGUAAAUUGUAUGACUUUGUACCCGUCUAUGAAAUAUUGAUUUACAAACUAUUUCUGUUGACCUCUGCAGAACCACACGCCACCAAUGUUGAACUUUUAUCACACAUUACAUUUUUAACACCUUUUGAGCUAAUAUUAAAUGACAAGGACAAAUGAUGCCCGGAUAUAUGAUUAUUUGUGUGCAAAUGCAGAUUUAAAAGUAAGAUGAAGGAUUAACAAACGAAAGACCUGUUUAUUUUUAAAUGUAUUUGUCUUUUGUUACCCAUAAAGUCACGAUUAAAUUAAGUAACGAUUUUUUGGAGCUAUGUAUAAAACAGUUAUUUCAAUAGCACAUCAUUCUCUUAAUGUUUUAUUAUUUUGGUUACUCUGUGAUUACAUUUAGGAGAGAAUCAUCUUAAAGUUUUAAUUGUUUUAAAUUGAAAUUAAAGUCAUGUAUUUUUUUUGUUGUUGUGGAGGAUGUGUCAAUCCCUUGAGUUGAACGGACAAUGAUUUCUUUGGAUAAAGCCCAAACAUUCGUAAGGUCAACCCUGUUCAGAAUUCACUAUGGUUAAUAUGUAAGUCUUUAGAAGACGAUUCAAGGAGAAUGAGGUUAUUUUGGGGUGAAAGUGUAAUGAAACCUUUGCUCAGCACAAUUUUUUUGUCUGUGUUUUAUUGUUACAUAGUUAUGAUUUCAAUUAAUUUGUGAGUUUUUGAGAAAAAUAUAGCAAUUAUAUAAUAGUGCUUUAAAAUGUUUUUAAAAAUACAAAAAUGAUCGCUUUAAUUUUUCUUAAUUUAUGUUACAGUGGUUAACCAGGGGUGGGUCGACAUUCAGGGUUGUAGGUUACCACCAACUACAGCCAUGGGGUAGGUUUGAAUUCAGUAGUUUACCACCCGCUACAGCCAUGGGGUAGGUUUGAAUUCAGUAGUUUACCACCCGCUACAGCCAUAGGGUAGGUUUGAAUUCAGUAGUUUACCACCCACUACAGCCAUGGGGUAGGUUUGAAUUCAGUAGUUUACCACCCGCUACAGCCAUGGGGUAGGUUUGAAUUCAUUAGUUUACCACCCGCUACAGCCAUGGGGUUGGUUUGAAUUCAGUAGUUUACCACCCACUACAGCCAUGGGGUAGGUUUGAAUUCAGUAGUUUACCACCCACUAUAGCCAUGGGGUAGGUUUGAAUUCAGUAGUUUACCACCCACUACAGCCAUGGGGUAGGUUUGAAUUCAUUAGUUUACCACCCGCUACAGCCAUGGGGUAGGUUUGAAUGCAGUAGUUUACCACCCACUACAGCCAUGGGGUAGGUUUGAAUUCAGUAGUUUACCACCCACUAUAGCCAUGGGGUAGGUUUGAAUUCAGUAGUUUACCACCCACUACAGCCAUGGGGUAGGUUUGAAUGCAGUAGUUUACCACCCACUACUGCCCUGAAAAUGUUUACCUGACUCAAGAAUUUUUGAAAUUUGCACAAAAAACAUUCUAUAAAGUAUCAAUCAAUAAUUGCACUCUCACAAAAUCACACAAAAUCUCCCCCUGCAGCUAACCAGCCAGCUUAGUGUUAUGUUAUAACCAGCUAUCUGUAGUGCUUUGGUAGUAUUGAGUUGCCAAAAUAUAAUCAAGGUUUUCAAGUGUUUAAGAUAGACUUUCUUUCUUUCUUUUUUUACUAAAUAUUAAUUAACAUUUAUUAAGUUUAUCAAUCAUUAUUUUUUUCCUUCUAUGAAACUAUCAGCGUAAGGAAGCAACUACUAUGACAACGAUUUCACUAUUAGUAAGAAUUCUAAUCCAUCUCAUGAAAACUUGCAGCAAAGCCAACAUUUUUAAGUUACCAUAGUUUGAUUAUUUUUCUUCAAAGUUUUUUUUUUUUUUUCAUGUAUCUUUCAAGGAAAACACAUGCUCAUCUCAGUGACAAUAAUUGGACAUUUUUUUUAAAGCUGAAAUAUCCCAUCAGACAUGUGAUCAUCUCAGUGAGAAUGAUUGGACAUUGUUUGAAGUUGAAGCUUAAAUGUCAACUUCUACCAGUGGUAUUUAAAAUUAAAAUUUCAAAAUUUUCAACAAUGUUUGGCAGGCAGCCUGACUUAAAAAUAUGCCUGGGAUCCAAGCUUUAAAAAUAAUUGUGUGUUCCUCAUGUCAAAAAGGAUGAAAUUAUAUUUUAAAAAAUGGACAAACCAGGUAUUUGUUAAUUUUUGAUAUCUUUUUUGCUUGUUUCUGGAUUUUAUGGACUUGGAGGCAGACAAUUUUAAAACUCAUGUUGAUCCAUAUAAUAUAACAUAUUGUUAUUGAUAACAUUGUCCAGUACGUCUGUGAGUGAUCUGUAGUGUCAAUGAAAAUAAUGAACGGUGAUUUAUAGAAAUAAAAA